AUGAUUGGCUUCCAUGCCGGCAUUUCGUCGCAGGACGCCAUGAAGAUGAUCAAACAUCUAAUCAUCGAUGGCAGUAGCAGAGACAACAGGGCCCUGCCUGGACUCGACCUCGAGAUAGCGUUUGACGACGUUCUCCACGAAUACAUUCUGGCCUCCGUCGCAGCCCUCAAGCUGCGCCCCAAACUAUAUAAACACGUCCGCUCGUUCCUGACGGGGAGGAAAGCGAAGCUGCGGUUUGGCGACUUUGUCUCAGACGAGGUGCUUCUGGGCCCAUGGGGCAGGCCGCAAGGCUCGGUGAUUUCGCCUGCUCUCUUCAACAUCUGCAUGAUCGGCCUCUCGAGGAAUCUGGCCCAAGUUGAAGGUAUCAAACACACCAUCUACGCUGACGACAUCAGGAUUUAG